UAAUGCAGUUGGUUAGAAAGAUUGAACAGGUCCAGGACUCUUGCAAGUCUUGCAGCCUAAUGCUUCAGAGUCAUGCUGGAGGUUUGGAGUUUGUUGGUUGUAAGAUAUUCCACUUCAGGAGCACUUGGUGGCCUCAGCUGCAGGGGUCGGGCCUGCCUUGCAACAUGUAUCAGUCUCCAGCUGAUCCUUUCACCAGAGAGCUGACUGGAUUGCCUGCUCCCAAACUACAAGAACAGGUCCUCCUGACUGAACACGGGCCACCUUCGUAUUUCACUCUUGCCUGCCUGCCUAUCCCCUGCAAAGCCAUGUGGCUGUACCUGGCAGCUCUCGUGGGCCUGUACUACCUUCUUCGCUGGUACUGGGAGAGACAGGUGGUGAGCCACCUCCGAGACAAGUAUGUCUUCAUCACGGGCUGUGACUCAGGCUUCGGAAACCUACUGGCCAGGCAGCUGGACCUGUGAGGCUUGAGGGUGCUGGCCGCAUGUCUGACAGAGAAAGGGGCCGAGCAGCUGAGGGGCCAGACGUCAGACAGGCUGGCGACAGUGAUCCUGGACGUCACCAAGACAGAGAGCAUUGCUGCGGCCACCCAGUGGGUGAAGGAGCGUGUAGGGGACAGAGGACUCUGGGGCCUGGUGAAUAACGCUGGCAUCUCCAUGCCCACGGCACCUAAUGAGUGGCUGACCAAAUAGGACUUCAUGAAGAUUCUCGAUGUGAACCUGCUGGGGUUGAUUGAGGUGACCCUGAGCCUGCUGCCCCUGGUGAGGAAAGCAAGAGGCCGCGUGGUCAACGUCUCCAGCAUCUUGGGUCGUGUGUCCCUGUAUGGUGGGGGCUACUGCAUCUCCAAGUACGGCGUCGAGGCCUUCUUGGACUCCCUCAGGAGGGAGCUCUCGCACUUUGCGGUGAAAGUGGCAAUCAUCGAGCCCAGUUACUUCAAGACCAUUUUGGCGAGUUCUGAGACGGUUUGUAGGAGCUUCCAGGAGACAUGGGAUCGGGCCAGCCCAGAGGUGAAGGAGAUCUAUGGGGAGAAGUUCCUGGCAGCCUCGAUGAAGUCAUUUGGGUUGUUGGACAAAAUGUGCACGAAGGACCUGUCCUUGGUGACGGACUGCAUGGAACAUGCCCUGAUCGCCUGCCAUCCCCGCACCCGAUACUCAUGUGGCUGGGACUCCAAGCUCAUCUACCUUCCCAUGAGCUACAUGCCCACUUUCCUGGUGGAUACCAUAAUCCGCUGGAGCAACCCAAGGCCCGUGAAGGCCCUGUGACCCAUGACUGUGGUGCACAGUAAGGCAGAGUUGGGUACUAUGUGAGGGAAGGGAUGUAUCCGUGGAGAGAAGUAUGGUGCAUUUUGCUCACAUUCUCAAUAAUGUUACUUAAGUAAAAUUAAAUAAUUAAAUCAAAGAAUAUGCAUUUCCUUAAGGCCGGGGAAGUUCAGGGAAGUUUUCUGAGCAGAGCAGGGACUAGUUCUCUUUCCAGUAUCCCCACGGUCAAACUCUGCCUGCCCCCACCUCCCUCACCAUCCCCAACUCACUGAUCACCCUGCACCUACUGACCCGUGUGCCUUUUCCCUCUGUUUCUUCCAGAGAAGUUUUCUGAAAGCUGAGUGGACUGGGGAACUAGUGGGAUGUGGCAAGAAUGGCCUUUGGGAGGGUGAAAGGGGACAUUGGGACUCCCUGGAGCCAAGGGUCCAGUCUACACUAAGGUGUGGCACCUAGCCUCCGCACCUUUCCCCAGAGCCUGCACCAUUCACUCCUGGGUGAAAUUUGGGAUUUUCCAACAGAGAAGAUGAACUUGGCUUCCUGAGCAGAUAGUGCCUUGGAAUUAAUGCAGGUUGUCUCAGAUCUGGUCUCUACUCACCCUAGCCUGGGAUGUCAACUGUGUCUCUCCAACCAGGGUGUCGAAAGUCAUUAUUCAUGGCUUUCUUUCCCUCAUUUCUUUGUUUCCUGUUUCCUUUCUCUUCUCUAGGUUUCCCUUCAUUUCUCUUACUCAUUUCUCUCUACCUAUCUAUGUCUCUCUCCUAUAAGAUAUUGUUGAAUAGGACUUCCGGCCAAGAUGGAGGCAUAGGUAAACACACUAUGCUUUCUCACACAACCAAAAGAAGGACAACCAAUUUAAAAA